CUGGCGUGGCACCCAAAAAAAGAAGGCUCCUUGUCUUUUGGAACAGACGAUGGUAAAGUUGGUAUCUACGAUGUCUUCUCAAACAAACCUCCUCAAAUAUCGAGCUCCUAUCACCGAAAAACAGUGUACACAUUGGCCUGGGGACCCCCAGUCCCCCCGAUGUCAUUUGGUGCAGCAGGAGCGAAGCCGUCCUUCAGCCUGUACAGCUGCGCCGGCGAAGGCGUCAUCCUGCAACACGAUCCAUCGAAGCUGAGCGGAGAGGCGUCGGACAUCGACAAGCUGAUCAGAGACACCAACGACAUCAAGCACAAGCUGUCUCCACACACAGACCUCUGCUGGAAGCCAGAUGGAAAGGUGGUCGCCAUCGGCAACGAGGACGGGUGCAUUGAUGUGUAUCAGGCUCCCAGUCUGAAGCUGCUGUGCAGCAUCCAGCAGCACCACAAGAUCAUCAACACGUUGCGGUGGCAUCACGGCCACAGCUCUCCACCAGAGCUGCACUGCCUCUUGGCCUCGGGCUCCAGCAAUGCUACCGUCUACGUGCACGAUCUCCGCUCCAUCAUUGAGAAUCCUCCAGAAAGUGCUGUGGUGUUGACAGAGCCGUAUCGAAGGCUGUGUGGUCAUACAGGUAAAAUCACCGGCAUGGUCUGGAGUCCACACCACGACGCCCGGCUGGUCACCGUCUCAUAUGAUGGCACGGCCCAGGUGUGGGAUGUGCUGCAGGAGGCGGCUGUGUCUAACUACCGGGGUCACAUUGGUUAUCUGCUGUGCGUGGACUGGUCACCUGUUGAUCCAGAUGUGAUCUGGACUGGAGGGAAGGACUUCACCCUGCAGGAGUGGAGAGUCUCCCAACAAGAGUUUACAAAGCCACCUAAAGGGAAAAAGAUGGUCGACCUGAAGGAGAAGAUGAAGGCCAAUGCCAAGCAGAAGAAGAAGAACAAGAAGGCGUUGGGUGCCGGAGGAGCUGCACCACUAGAGAUGAACGGAGAGACGGUUACAGGAGGAGAGAAGGCGGCAGUGGGACAGGAGCUGUCUGGUGAAGAUGGGGAGGAUGAAGUCAGCUCAACAAACAGUCCUGUACCUCCACCAGCCACUUUUGAGAUGCAAAGAAAAUUAUCUACUGCCGUAAAGAGCAAAGACAAACCUGACUUAAACUUGCUGAAGAAGAAGAAGCCUCGCUCCAUGUUGCCCCUCAGUACCUCCAUGGACCAUCGGCCCAAAGAGGAUCUGCUGCAAGACUGCAUCACACUGGCCUCUGUCAAACACAGCAACGCUCCCCCUGCAGGCUGUGUCCCAGGCCAGGGAGAGCAUCUCCAUCUGGGCCUCUUCUCUGACAGACCGGCUCUCCACCGCAUGUUUGAGGCUGAAG